ACACUUUUAGUGGGACAACAGCCGCCGAACUGUCCACACGAGAGCACGGUCGUUUAGCGUCAGAAUUUAGUCCAUGUACAGUGAAAUAAUGUUAGAUUCUGACCUGUACAAGGUACGUCAGUGAUCACACCGCCCCCUUGAUUACCAACCGCCUGUUCUGUUGAGCUUAGGGUUAAGACUUGGAGUUUGUCAAAGCAACAAGUUGUAUCCUCUACGGGCUGAGCUCAACUGCACGUGUUUUGUGAUAAGAAUUAGUGAAGUUGUGUGGCUAUUAUAGUGUGUGUGUGUGUGUCUUGACAAGUUUAAAUAAAUAAACUACCGCCAGAGGGGUGACUCAGGCUACAAGAUGUUCCCUGGCAUACCCCAAGACGCCAGCCUACUCGAACUACACGCCGACACUGUGUUGCGUGCCCGGUGGGAUGGCCGCGACGUGGACCACAAGGCAGUGGGCGGUCACCUGCCCCUUACCAAGAGGAACUCCACACCAGUCGGAGCCUCCCUGGCCGCCCCGUCAGCCCACGUUCAACUCCUACACGCCCACGCCAAGGCGACUUUGACGCCCAUCGAGCCACCCAACAUGCACCGUCGACUGGACCGUUCACACUCUGAGCCCGUGAAGGGCGGAGAGGGACGCCAGGCCAACUCAUCCCGCUACAAGACGGAGCUCUGCCGACCCUUCGAGGAGAACGGCUUCUGCAAGUACGGUGACAAGUGCCAGUUUGCGCACGGCCACGCUGAGCUGCGCACCCUCUCCCGCCACCCCAAGUACAAGACGGAGCUCUGCCGCACCUUCCACACCAUCGGCUUCUGCCCCUACGGUCCCCGCUGUCACUUCAUCCAUAACGCCGAGGAGAGACGAGGGAACUCAGCUGGCCCUUCCUCUCACCCGCCACUCUCACCUAAGACGUCCCUCAGUGCGGGUCACCCUGCACUCUCUCGGCCACAGAUGCUACAGAUGGGUGUGGCACCGCUGGGGUCUACUGCUGAGUCUCCUUCACCACCUGCCUCACUCCACGGCUCACCCACCUCCUCCGGUGGAUCCUUCUUUGAUGACGCCUUCACCCUCUUCCCUGGUGGGUGUGGUCUAGCCGGCGCCAAGGGCUUCCUGGACGGCCUCUCUGUAGGGUUGGGGUCUAGUGGAAUGAGCGGAGGCCCCGGGUCUCCUGGCGGGUCAUCUUGUGGAGGCCGCGCCCUCAGUGACCUGGACCUGGUCCGGGAGGGAACCCUUCUCUCUCUGGCCGGGCUGGACACUCCGCCCGUCAGUCCCGUCGAGUCCCUGGCAGGAGAUCUGGACUCCCUCUCCCUCUCGUCCUCCCACUCCGCCUCUCCCACUCCCGCCACGAGCGCCCUCGACAUCUCGCGCUCACUCCGUCUUCCCAUCUUCGAGCAGCUGUGUGAGCAAGACUAGACAGUCACCGCUGGCCCUGUGGUCGUUAUAGCUCAACUAUGGUGGCGGCCACGGGCAGGUCUUGUGGGCGACUGUGUCAUGCUGGUGUUCAAGUGGCUCCAGGUGGCCUCUUGACACACUCACCCACGGUUCCCAAGCCCAGGGGCCCCCAGGGAUCUGGGCCUAGUCUAUUUAAACCGUGGUGAGGUCCUGCACACUGGCCACCGUCAGCCACCCUGGCAGCGAGUAGUAGAGGAAGGUAGCCAAGGCGUGGUGAAGUGACACAGCCGCCCACCGCCCAUACCUUGUACAGCGUGGAGUAUGUAAUGCCCUGAACCCCGCCCCCACCUGCCCACCUCCACCCAUGUAUUGCUUGUGAUAUUGGGGUGCCUUUGUGGCGCCCACUACCUUAGAGUUUAUUAAGGGCGGGUGUGGCAGGGGGUGGGGGGAGGCGCACCCUCCAACACAGCUCUUGUACAGAACAAAGUACCAUUUGAGUAUCUUUUUUUUUGUAAUUACGAAGGAACUGCUUGUAUUUAUGUAAUUUAUUUAUUUGAGUGAGGUAGAAAAGAAGUAAUUUAUGUUUGUACUAUACUAAACUACCACUAUACCUAGAUGCCAUAUAACAGUUGGUGUUAUUAUUCAGUUUGCCGCCUCUCAUAUAAUCACCCGAUACAGUGAGCGUCGUUAAUCCGACACGUCCACUUGUCCGGCCAAAGUAGAUCACUCGCAAACUAUAUAUAUAUAUAUAUAUAUAUAUAUAUAUAUAUAUAUAUAUAUAUAUAUAUAUAUAUAUAUAUAUAUAUAUAUAUAUAUAUAUAUAUAUAUGUAUACAUAUCUAUAUAUCCAGUUUUAUAUAAAUGUCUAUUAACUUAUGUGUACCGACUCUAUGGUGAUGCUUGUAAUGGUUGGAGUCCUCGAGGUGCUGCCGGCCGCUGUUGGUGCCGGUCGGAUUAACUACGGACCACUGAACCUGUUGCCAACUGUGCUUGUUAAGUCGACCCACACUACCCGCCCGCCCGCCCUCUUGAGUGGCUCUUCACACCCCCGUUGACCCAACCCCAUUCUGCUUAGAUAAUAUGACAUGCCCAGUUGGCCGGGUCACGUGUGUGUGUGUGGGGAGGGCGAGCGAGGAGUGUGGACAGCUCGGCAGUCACUCACCUAGGAAGCAGCGCUAACUUAACACCCACCAACCAAAGACGGAUUUGGUUCCGCCAAUGAGAAGAGAGAUUGCCUUCAUUAUUUUUAGUUUUAUUUUAUGUGAACGAAUAGCUAUCGGCUUUGAGUUAGAACCGAUGCUUUAUAAUUUCUUAAUUAAAAAAAAGUAGCUAAAGUACAGUUACAACUAUUCAGUAUAUUAUAUAAAUAUAGUAUAUAAUUUUUUUUUAUUUAAAGUAUUUUGUUUUUAAUUUGUGUGCCAGAGCGGUGUGUACCUAAUAUAGUUGUGAGGGUAACGAUACGGUCUGUCCUCCACACACACAAGACGGCUCUGAGGUCAAGUAUUUUCCCACAGUACAGUAGAUGGUCUUGUUAAAUCUGUCGUGUGUAUUACCAGAGAUAAUAUACCUCACUGCUCAAUGAUUGGCCCGAGAGUCUGCUAAUUAUUUAAUGCUCUAACACUUUUAUUAUUACUAUUACACACCUGAGGUAUUGAUGUACCUGUUUGUUUUCUUCUUUUUUUUAAUAAUGACUCACUCACCAGGGCGGUUCUCUCUAUAUCUAUCAUUCAAUCUAUAUCACUAUCCCCUGGGGGUGUAAGAGAAAUCCUUGCAUGUUGUCUUGUGGAGGAGACGUAGAUGGGUGGGUGGCAGACAGACCGACCGUCAUAGACCACACGGCUAAAGGCACCUCUUUUUUUUUUGUCAAUUUAGGGGACCGUAAGAAAACCAGGUUGAGAAAGGUCACAACAGCCGAGUAGGUAUCCAAAGUGCUUUAGUUUAUUCCAUUUGUCGUGUACAAUGAAUGCUCUUUAGUAUUUUAUUUUUGUAUAGUUAAUUUAAACAAAAAAUACAUGAUUAUUAUUUUA